AUGGCCAUGCUAUCUCCCUCUCUGACGAGGUUGUUUCUCUCGGAUAUCCCAACUUUGGUGGAGCUUCUUUCUUCAUUUGAGAAUCUCAAUAAACUAGAAAGGUUGAGCAUUACAGACUGCAUAAAUCUGGAGACUCUUCCAAAUGGCAUCAACCUCAAGUCUCUUGAGAUACUCUUUCUGACUAGAUGCUCAAAGUUGACGAGUUUUCCUGAUAUCUCAACCAACAUCUCAAAUCUCCGUCUAGACGAAACAGGAAUUGAAGAGGUUCCUUGGUGGAUCGAGAACUUCAGUAAUCUAAUCUCGAUAAGCAUGUUGAAAUGCAAACAUUUGAAGCAUGUUUCCCUCAACAUAUAUAAACUGAAACGUCUCGAGGAGGUUGGUUUUUCAGAUUGUGGGGCAUUGACUGAAGUUAGCUUGAAUGAUAGUCCAAUACUUGACGAGGCUUCUCCAACUCUUCAAGAAGAUAAUUGUAUACGAAACAACAUCAGUCUCCAUUUCACAAACUGCUUCAACUUGAAUCAAGAAGCUCUAAUUGAAAAACAAACAGUUUUACAGGAACAACUAAUUUUGUCAGGGGAAGAGUUGCCUUCAUAUUUCACUCAUCAAACUUCUGGAUUCUUCUCCUCGUCUCUGACCAUCCCUCUGUCUCCUAGCUUUCUUUUGCAACCGUUCUUCAGAUUUAGAGUUUGCGCUGUUGUUAUUUUCGACUCUAUGCCCAGCCUUGGUGUCAACGCAGUAGAUAUCCGUGUGAAGUGUCGGUUCAGAGGCGGAUUAGGGAACAUCUUUGAAUCCUUUGGCAACUCACAUAGCUUUUUGUCAAGGCACAAGGAUAGUCAUCUGUUUAUAUUCAACUGUUGUUUCCCUCUAAACAAAGACAAUGCUCCUCUAGCUGAACUGAACUACGACCACGUGGAUAUACAACUUCAUCCGAGGAAUCUUGUUUAUCUAGGUGAAGUAAACUAUGGCGAGGAGUCCUUCAGAUUAAAGAGAUGGGGUGUACGCCUCUUAUACGGACUUGGCAAACCAAAUACUCUUCUUCCACAUGUUUGUGAAGCCGAUGAAGACAAUAUGGUUAAUGAUGAAUGCCAUGAGACUGAACAAGGUGAAGAAUGUGGAGAUAGCUUGAUGGAGGUAGAGAGAUGCAGGAAGCGUAUCCGGACAACAUGA